GAGUGCGAGCAUGGGGUUCGCGCGUAACCCCGCGAGACGUAUACCGCAGCGGCAUCGCGCGUUUUAAAACCGCUUGAACGACGUACGCGAACGAAAAACGAAAACCGCUCCCGACCGGGAAGAAGAAGAGAGCGAUAAGAGAGACGAGGAGGACUCCUAAUCCUCUCCUCCGUCUGCAUGGCUCCGUAAUCUCGCGCGCGCUCGCCGAGAUCUUUGACAUCUUCCAACCCUUUCUCACCGCCGCCGCCGUUCGUGCGCUUCCCCGACAGCGCGACGCAUUCCCCGGCGCCGAGAGCGCGCACCCGAUCGCGUAUGUCGCCGGGAAAUCCACCGGCGUCGACGGACAUUCGAUUUUCCGCUCGAUGAGUGAAGAAUCCGCCGCGCUGCCGUGAGAGCUGAUCGCUGUGCGCGCGCGCGCGCGAUCGGGACUCGCCGCGCGCUUGUGGUGAUUCUGGUGGUGGUGAUUUGGGAAAGAGACGUCCUCCCCCGGGACUCGCGAGGCAAGCUUUUCGAAUCGUUAAAAUCAUGUCGGUGCUACUGGAAGGGAGGUCGUACAGGCCGUUCAAAUCCUCGGAGGAAUACCUGAUAGCGAUGAAGGAGGACCUGGCGGAAUGGUUGAACGCCCUGUAUCCGGAGCUCAGGAUCAAUCUCGACAAUUUCAUGGACAGACUGGACACGGGCGUCGCUCUAUGCAAGCAUGCGAACAACGUGCGGAAAUAUGCGACGGACUACGUGGUCCGGCGUCAGGCCCGCAAGAUGCCGAUGACACGCUCGAUAACUUCCCUGGCGCUGCCGAUGAGCCAGGUGGGCGACGUGCCCUACCUGCCCAACGCCAAGGCCGGCACCUUCUUCGCCCGCGACAACGUCUCGAACUUCAUCGAUUGGUGCCGCAACAGCCUCGGCAUCAUCGAGUGCCUACUCUUCGAGACCGAGGAUCUGAUAAUGCGUAAGAAUGAGCGACACGUAAUAUUAUGCCUGCUGGAGGUGGCGCGUCGCGGCGCCAAGUUCGGUAUGCUCGCGCCGUUGCUCGUGCAGAUGGAGAGGCAGAUCGACCGCGAGAUCGCCGCCGAGAACAAAGCGGCGAACGGCGCCGGCAACGAGGAGAGCGAUGACGAGUACGAGGAGGAACCCUGCCUCAUAUACGGGCCGCAGCCGCAGAUCGUCACGAACGAUCUCAAGACUCUCCACGAGUUGGUUCGCGAUAUCGUAGAAGAGUGCACAUGUCCUACACAGUUCCCGAUGAUCCAUGUGGCUGAGGGCAAGUAUCGAAUCGGCGACACCAAGGUUACGAUCUACGUCCGGGUUUUGCGUAGUCACGUAAUGGUGCGUGUCGGCGGUGGAUGGGAUACCCUCAGCCACUAUUUGGAGAAGCACGAUCCAUGCCGAUGCAGAAACUCACAUCGCUCGAUGGUUUCGGCGAAGCUCAUUCAAAAAGCCGGUGGAUCCUUCGAUCUAGGCAAUGCGCAGGUGCAUUACGAACGAUCAUCACCUCCGAGAACCCGACGGAGUUCCGCGUCGAGCGUCGGUUCGGUGCAAAAUCUACAAUCGGCGCAGCUGCACGCACCACCCAGAAGCAUUUCCAGCAAUCGCUCGCGAUCGCCCACACCUCACCGGCCGACAGCCGGCAGCAAGCAACAGCAUCAGCAGCAAUCGUGCGACGAGCAGAAGAAACGCUCGAGAAGUCCCACGCCACAUAGGAAAUUGCUGGCCAGCCCGAAUCAGCAAACCGACUUGGCGAAGCAGAGAUCAAGGUCGCCGACGCCUAGGGCGAAUCUGAGAUCGCGAAGCCCGACACCGCGGAAGAAUACAGAUUCGUCCAGAAGAAAUGCCAACGAGGAGGCACGGUCGCCGACGUAUCAUGGAAAACUGCAGGAAAAUGGUCGAGAGAGCGGUCUUAAGGUGCCGGGCGAGUUUACGAAACGAUACGUCGUGGAGGGCGGCGUGGCACGCCGAGCCGUUGAGAAGGACGACACGCCAAAGUACGAACCGUCCAUCUACAACUAUAAGUGCAGCGAAGAUUCGAGCGGCAGCCGCAGCCCGACGCCGAGCAAGGAAGAACAGCCAGCACUCGAGACUUUCGGCAAGGACACCACGGCGAACACCCAGAAGUCGCCGCACGGUGACGGAGAGCACUCGGACAAUUGCAGCGAGGUGUCCGACGAGGGUUACCGUAGUCUCGGUGCCGUUCAGUCGUCCACCGCCAACGGGAAUUCCGCCAGCACGCAGGGCUCGCCCACGGUUGCCGAUUGUCAAAAGCAACCUCCAAAGGCGGAACCCGAGGAAAGAUCUGGCGUGGAGACCGACAGCAUCGAGACUGGAUUGCGCAAGGUAGUCCGGAAAGACAGGCUAGUGAGUCCCUUACGGGUCUCAUCCCCGUCCAGGAGCGUGACAUCCUCGUCGACAGGCGACAGGACUCCCCGCGCCGGUUCUAUCGCGCGAGAAAACAGUAACUUAUCUAAAGCGUCCUCCGGCAGCAAAACGCCUAAGGACAGCAAUUCCAGCCCGGAAGGUAGCCCAUUGAACCGAGGAGGCUCGAUUCGCAGCAAGGCCAACGGAAGCUACGGGACGCUACGAAAGUUAACGCCGACUGGAAGUCUCAGCAAAGUGUCGUCACCGAUAACCACACCCAAGUCCUCUAAAGCGCCAGUCGGUAGUAGUGCCACAUGGAACGGCCGACAGACCAGGCGGCGAGCCAGCAUCCAAACGGACACCUUCUUGGAUCCGAGAUCUACGCCGGUCACAUGCGCCACGACGCCGAGCUUCUCGCGAAAAAGUCCGGGUAGACAGAGCCUGCAAUCCCGGCCAAGCCCGAACUUCGGUGUUCAAUAUGACAGAAAUGGAAGGAGAAUCAGGACCGCUACAGGCACCGCUUCCCUUCAGUCGUCGCCCACUAAGGCGACGAAUCCGUUACUCGAUCAAAUCUUACAGAAACUGGGCGACUUGAAGGACGAGCGUCAGAUGGUGCAGAAGCUGCAGGGCCUCCUGAGGGACUACCAGACCAGUUCGACCGACGGUGUCGCGGAUAUGGAUUUUGCCAAAGUGUGGGUGGAUAGUAACGGUGCGAUGACAGUGCCCCAGGACGUUCAGGUAUCGGUAAGUCCUAGAAAGGAUCCGAAACCCCAGGAAGGAUGCUCAAGAAUACCGGUACCUCGUGCUCUCUCCUAUAAGAGACCGAUGUCCGUGGCGUCGGACAGCGUUUGAGGGUGGUUCUGCCCUUUCGACCAUGAAGAUUGAGAUACACCAGGUAGCCUUCGCGUGUUAGGCUAAGUUAGACUGUUCAAGUAGAUGCUAACGUCAAUGAGAGCAACCAGGCACGCGCGUAGUAAUUACGUUUCUUAUCAAGCCGUGCUUGAUUCUUGAUUCAAUUUGAUAGUUGAGGUCGGACGUCUUGAUCACAAUAAGGAUAGGAAUAUAUUUUAUAGCUGGACAAUUUAAUAAAAAAGUAUUUAAAAGAUUCAAAGAUUUAUAUAGCUUACCUACAGAUUUGUAGAAAUGACGAGUAAGAAAAAAUCGAGUAUGAUGAUGAAGACUGAAUUUCAUUGGCAUGAUCAUUUUUGGUCUUCGGUCAGUAUUAAAGAUAAAACAUUAAAAUGAUAAUUUUAAAUUACUUCAAUUAACACUUUACUUUUUCUUGCUUUUAAUAUUGAAAGAAAAUGUUUUUAAAUAUAUUAUCUUCCAGAAAAGUAAAAAUGCUUUUGUAUAUAAAAAAUUAGACUACAAGAUUACAAAUUAAUUACUUUUGUUUUGACAAGUAAAAUUCCAUGAAGUUUUGAUUCAAGGACUUGAAAUUUAAAUUUAUUAAAAUCAGGUGUUUCCAAAAAUUAAAAAUCUAAAUUUCCACAAGUUUCGGUAUUCUGCAGUUUAAAUCUCGAAAAAUUUUAAUAACAUUGCCUGUCGUUUAAAUGUUUGUGUUUUACGCUCGAAUUAUCGUCACGGCAAAUAGUUCGAUGUUUAGAAUGUUGCUUUCUAUUUUUUUGCUCUUCGUCUACCUUCAACGACUAUCAUCGCAGAUCGAAGACGUCCGACCGGAGAGAAACUUAACGGGCCUUAACGGUACGGGGUCAAUCAGUUAGUAGUCCUUAGUAGUCACGUAUCAGGGUGGUGCUUAGAUGGUGCUGAAGAAUGAAACGAUGUUUACGAUAGACAUUGAAAAAGAGAUAGACAGAGACAAAGGGAGGGUGGAAUGAGUCGAAAAUUCGUCCCGUGAACGAGUUUUUAGUUGAUCAAUGCAAUCAAAAGUAGGCAAUUGGCUAUGGCGAGUCUUGCGUUAAUUGACUUUCCAAUUGAUUCACUUCCAGUCAUUUAAUUGCAUCCCAUAUGCUAUUGAUUAUUGGCCUUACAACAAUAAUCCUUAGAUUAGCACGUCAUAUUUUUUAAAAACAGAAAUUGCAUUGUUAAGCAAUUAUCGUUGAGAAUAUAUACCGAAAAUCCUGAUCAUUUUUUCUCUACAAUAUUUUACCUAAUGAAUCAAAGUGUGAUACUUUAAGGAUUAAUACGAUCGAUUGACGAUACCGAUCUCCAAGAUCACGCAAUCGGAAAAUUUAAACAAUCGUCGAAGGAGCGUGGCAAUUGUACGCUCAAUUGUUUUUACCGUUCCCGAUAACGCCUAAUCAUUUUUAUUUAAACAAUUAUAUAGUUUAUCGGAUAUAUUUAUCAAAGAUGAUUUAUUAUACGUUAACGAUCUCGCUGAAGAAGAGGAAAAAAAUGGAAGAGAACGAGAAAGAUGAGAAGGAAUUGAUUAAAGACAUUGAAGAUCGAAUAAGAAAUCCCUUGAAUGGAAAAUCAAAUGUACCCUCCUUCCCCUCCCCAUCCGCUCAAUCUGGAGCAGACUGCAUUAUGUAGAUAGCGACGUGUGUCGUCGAACGAAUGCCAUUCCAGUGUUUAACUGUUUUUUAUACCAAACGCAAGCGUAGCGCCAAGUUUUUUACCAAGUGUCUUAGUAACGGAUUAAGGUGGAGAGAAAAAGGUUUAUUUUAUCGACGAAUAACACGGAAGAGGGAUAUUUUUUAGUAUCACAGUGUGUGUGUAGUAGAGGUCAUGUACGACGGCUGCGAG